AUGCCACCAAAAGUAAUAGACGAAGAAUUAGUUAAAAAGUUUUCAGCUCUUGGGUUAGACCAAACCAAGGCAAAGGAAGCAGCUGGUAAUGCCAACAUUGCAAGCACAUUGAGUGAAAUCAUCAAAGAGUCUGGUCUAGAGGGUACAUGCGACAAGUCGGUCGGUGUGAUUCUCUAUACUUUGGCCACCAAGUAUCCCGCCAAUGCACUCCGUCACAGACCACAAUUGUGCUCUGACGUUGUUGCCAAGCGUGUCACCAACAUCAACUUGCAAGUGUGUCUCGAAUAUUUGCGUAUGGCUGCCAACGAACCACUCAACAAGGAAGAGUAUGUUGAAAAGUGUGGUGUCGGUAUUGUCAUCUCUCGUGACCAAGUACGUGAGGCUGUCGACACCUACGUCACUGAAAAUAUCAACGAUCUCAAGGAAAAGAGAUACCGUAUCAACAUUGGUCAAUACUUGUUGCAAAUCAAGGAUCGUCUCAAGUGGGCCGAUCCAAAGGAGAUCAAGGAAGAGGUAGACGCAAAGAUUCUUGCCGUUCUCGGUCCAAAGACUGAAGAAGACUCCAAGCCAGUUGCCAAAUCACCAUCAACUCCAAAGGAACCUAAAAAUGCUGCCAAUACUACUACCACCACCACCAAUGCCAAGGAAGAAAAGGAAGUUUCAACCAUUACUUUCCCAGAUCCAAAAGAAAAUGUUCAAAAUACUCCAGAUAUCUUGGCAACUCAUUUAAAGACUACUGGUGGACAAAUUAUUACUCGUUUCCCACCUGAACCAAAUGGAUAUUUACAUAUUGGUCAUGCUAAAGCAAUGCAUUUAGAUUUUGGUUAUGCAAAGAAGAAUGGUGGAAAAUGUUAUCUUCGUUUUGAUGAUACUAAUCCAGAAAAAGAAAGUCAAGAAUAUAUUGAUUCAAUUAUUGAUUCUGUAAAAUGGUUAGGACAUGAACCAUGUGAAAUUACCUAUUCAUCACAAUAUUUUGAUGAAUUGUAUAAUUUAGCAAUUGAAUUGAUCAAGAGAGGACAUGCAUAUGUUUGUCAUCAAACCGCUGGAGAGAUUAAAGAGGGACGUGAAAAGAUGCUCGAUUCACCAUGGAGAAACCGUUCAGUCGAAGAAAACUUAAAGUUAUUCGAAGACAUGAAGGACGGCAAGUACGAAGAGGGCAAGGCUAUUUUACGUAUGAAGGGUGAUAUGAAGCACGCCAACCCAUGUAUGCGUGAUCUCAUUGCCUACCGUAUCAAGUACCACGCUCAUCCAGUCAGUGGUGACAAGUGGGUCAUCUACCCAUCAUACGACUAUACUCAUUGUUUGGUCGACAGUUUGGAGAACAUUACUCACUCGUUGUGCACACUCGAGUUUGAAGUUCGUCGUCUCAGUUACAACUGGUUGAUUGACGUACUCGGCUUGUACCGUCCAGUUGUCUGGGAGUACGCCCGUCUCAAUCUCACUCACACUGUCUUGUCCAAGCGUAAGAUCAUCACCCUCGUCAACACCAAGGUUGUGUCGGGCUGGGAUGAUCCCCGUCUCUCGACAUUGAAUGCCUUCCGUCGUAAGGGAUACACUCCAGAGUGCAUCAAUGCCUUUUGCGAGACUAUUGGUGUCACCCGUACCAACAACACCUCGCUGCCAUACGAAUUGCUCGAGUUCCACGCCCGUCAAGAUCUCAACGACAAGGCUACCCGUGCUAUGGUCGUCUUGGACCCAAUCAAGGUUGUCAUUACCAACUUCCCAGAGGGCACCACCGACGACAUCCGUGUCGCCAACAUCCCACAUCUUGCCGACGCUGGCCACCACACCGUACCAUUCUCAAGCGUCGUCUACAUUGAGCGUGCCGACUUCCGUAUGGUCGACUCGUCCGACUACUUUGGUCUCGCCCCCAACAAGGAGAUCCUCCUCAAGUACGCCUACAACAUCCGUUGCAAUGAAGUCAUCACUGACGCUGCCGGAAAGGUCACCGAAUUGCGUGUCACCUAUGACAAGACCAACGCCAACAAGACCAAGGCUAUCCACUGGGUCUCCUCACGACACGGUGAAGCCCCCGUCCCAGUCGAGAUCCGUCUCUACGACCAUCUCUUCCUCGAUGAAGACCUCGGCGACGAUUGGUUGCAAAAGAUCAACCCCAAGUCACUCGAAGUCAUUCCAAAUGCCGUCGCCGACGUCACUGUCCUCGGAUCAAAGACAUACACUAGAUUCCAAUUCGAAAGAACCGGUUAUUUCUGUUGCGACAAGGACAGUACCGAUAGCAAGUUGGUCUUUAACAGAAUCACCUCUCUCAAGGAAAGUAAGGAAAAACCAGGUAACAACAAACCUGAUCCAAGAAAGAAAAAUAGAUCUUAA